AUGGCAAUCCGCGGCGGCACCGCAGUCCUGGCGCUCCUCCUCGCCGCGGCGACACUCUCCUCAGCCGCCACGGCGGCCACGACCGGCGAGGCGCGCAAGGUGCUGUCGACGAAGGGCUGCCCGGCCGACCCGUUCUGCCCGUGGGAGGCCGUCAAGUUGGGCGCGUGCGCCGCCGCGCUCGGCGUCGUGGACGUGCAGGCCGGCGCGCAGCUCGGGAGCAAGUGCUGCGAGCUCGUUAGCGGGCUGGUUGCCGCGGAGGCGGCCGCGUGCCUCUGCAUCGCCGCCAAGGAGAGCGUGCUCGGCGUUGUCACCGCGGAGUGGUCCGUUGGCGUCGAGCUCCUCGCCAGCACCUGCAAGAAGGAGAUCCCCGACGGCUUCAAGUGCGUGUGA